AUGCCAUCAUUGCAGAUGCCGAGAGAAAAUGCCUGUACAAAGGCAAGCCCUGGCCAGCGAGCCAGUCGCCAAAGGCUCGUGGCCGAGAGGCUGGCGCAGUACAGCCAGAGGAUCGAGGAUCUUCUUCGAUCCCUCUUUGGGCUGCUCAAAGCCAUGCCGGCAGAAAGCCGCGAGAAGUCAUUGCGUCAGCUCUUCUCGCAGCCACAGCGGCUGGCGUUGGAGCGCUUCGUGCAGCGGGGUGGUGCUGCUGGUUUGGCUGCGACGGUUUCCCAUCCGGCCAAGUGCGGCAACAAGCCUUCGACCACGCAGGCGCCCAGGAAGUGUGGAGGAACUCGCC